GGGUAUGCUUGAUAGAGAGUGAAAGCGGGAGAGAUACUUCAAAAGAAAUUGUCAAAGCCAAUGGCGGAAAAGCUUUGGGAUUAUUCCAGAUCAAUAGCAAAGACUGGUGCAAAUACGGAAGUCCGGGAGGAAAGUGCAACAUGAAAUGUGAAGCUUUGACGGACGAUAACAUACGAGAUGAUUCGGUUUGUGCUCAAAAAAUUCAAGCAGAGUUGGGAUUUAGGGGAUGGGAUGGUUGGAAGAGGAGCUGCUACCGUAGAACCUACACCACAACCAUUGUUAGUGCAUGUAUUCCAGCCAACUAACUCCUGCAAUACUAAUUCCUGGGAGCUCCAUCGUGCCGAUUUGGGAAUUAUGUGAAAUUUUGGUGGUAAUUUUAUCGAAUUGAUGUAGUUUGACCCUUUUUCAUGAACAUGCGAAAGUUUGGUACUUUCAAAAAAUAUUUGAAUUAUCAUUUUUGUAACAUCUGGAAUAAAACUGAUGUCUCAAAAA